AUGUUGGCAGUUACAGAUGCCCCUAAAAUUCCUCAGUCGACUCACGAUUUCCCAGAAAUGACUUUCCGUUCAACCGACUUUAAUCAUACAGAUGUGAAUUAUGACGAUCCAGUGGUAAUUUCUGUUCAGUUAGGAGACCUAAUAGUCCGCAAAGUACCCCUCGACCCCGGAAGUAGCACAGACGUGUUAUUCUUUACCACAUUUGAGAAAAUGAAGCUGAGUAACAACAUUUUGCAACCAUACCAUGGAGAUUUGGUCGGAUUUUCCGGAGAACGAGUCCCCGUUCUCGGUAGACCAUUUUUAAAUCGAUUUGCUGCAAUUGUGUCUACAGUUCAUCUUUGCGUGAAGUUUCCUGUGCAGGAUAAUUUAGUAGCAACCAUCCACGGAGACCUCCAUGAAGCUCGGCAAUGCUAUAACACAAGUUUGAAACCUAUCAAAAGGAGCAACAUAGCACAGGUCAACUCCAUACAGCCCGACCAGCCGAGGUUGACAGAAAUAGAUCCAAGAGCCGAUUUUGAAGAUCGACCUAUGCCAAACGAGGACUUAACAAAGGUUCUCCUAACGGAAGAUCCCAUGAAAUUCACCUUUGUUGGAACAUCAACAAACACCGAGGAAAGAGAAGCACUCGUAACAUUUCUGCGUGAAAACGCCGAUUUAUUUGCUUGGACCCCUGCAGAUAUGCCCGGAAUACAUCCCUCCGUUAUCACACAUAAGUUAGCAAUCAAUUCAGGGGCUCGCCCAAUCUCACAAAGGAAAAGGAACCUCGGGAUAGAGAAGCGCCUUGCAUGCCUUGCCGAGGUUAAAAAGCUCAUUGCUGCCAAUUUCAUCCGCGAAAUCAGGUUCACGACAUGGCUCGCUAAUGUUGUCAUGGUAAAAAAGAGUAACGGUAAGUGGCGCAUGUGCGUCGAUUUCACUGAUUUAAACAAAGCAUGCCCUAAAGAUGCUUAUCCUUUACCUUGCAUUGACAAUUUGGUAGACAACUCCUGUGGUUUUGGUUCCUUAAGUUUUAUGGACGCAUAUUCUGGUUAUAACCAAAUUCUUAUGCACCCAUCUGAUCAAGAGAAAACCGCUUUUAUAACUGAGUAUGGAAAUCAUUGCUAUAAUGUUAUGCCUUUUGGUUUAAAGAAUGCAGGAGCGACGUAUCAGCGUUUAAUGAAUAAGGUCUUCCAGAACCAAAUUGGUCGGAACAUAGAAGUGUACGUCGACGAUAUGGUCGCCAAGACAAUGGUCGGAAAGUCUCACAUCAACGACCUAACGGAGAUCUUUGCGCAAAUCUGA